CAAACAUGUAUAAUAAAUCGAAUAUUGUCGACUUUAAAUCAGUAUAAUUAGUAAGAUUUUCGUAUUGUCAUUUUAUCCAUUAAGAUUUCUCCAAAUUGCUUACCAAUUCGUUCAACUUCACUAUCUGGUGUGCGGUUUUCUACCACACUCUUGUUUUUUGUCCCGUUCACACUAAGGCGGCACGCAAUAUGUGCUGAAGAGUGCCAUUGUUAGUGGACUUUUAUAACCAUCUGCGGUUUCGUUUCUUAUUGUCCACAGGGUGACAGUGUUAAAAUAUACGUGGGGUAUGAUGAUUAAAAUUGGGUGUUUUCGUCUCGCCUCUUCGUUGUGAAGCUGCAAUGCGGCUAUUCGGCGAGACAGUUCUUUUAAGUGUAUUUAUAUGGUAUUAAAAUUAUAAAUUCAUUAAUAGAAUUGCAAAACAUAUGAAUAAAAGUGAAAUAUUUAGUGCAUAUUAGUUUGUUUGGAAUUGAAAUAAAUAAAUUGACAACAAGCUUGUAGCUAUUUGACUCGACUAGUUUAUGCGCGCUUGAAGAAUGCUAAAUUACCCUCAAGUAUUGAUAUGUUCCAUAACCAAAAUGUUGCAAUCAUUACGUAUAUGUUUGUCCAUAAGUGAAAAUUCGGUCCAUAUAUUGGCUAAUAACUGUUAAAAUUAAUAAUACCGAUCAAUUUCAACUACACCAUCAAGCUCACGUUACAACGUACAUAUUUCGCAAACAUUGCAAAAACUAUUCGCAAGUGCAUAUACAGAUUCUGAUAAAUCGACGCCAAAACUACUUAAUGUUUAAACAAUAUUUCGAAAAUAAGUGAGAAUAAAGCCUAACAAUUUCUAAUUAAUGUUCGGGACUGUAUGUGUCGUUUAUGCUUCUGUGCGAAUGAAACGUUCUCAAAAGUGAAAAUUAAAAAUCCUGUUCACAAAUAAAAACACGACUAGGUUAAAUCAAUAAUUAACCGAAUACAACUAACUUAAAAAUUGCUAAAAAGAAUAACAACAACAACAUAAAAGUAAUUGUAAACCGGAUGUUUAUGUUCAUACAAUUUCUGGAGUGUCAAGCCAAUUUUCCAAUCAAUAUACACACGUUAUUAAUGGUUACAACGUUUAAUAUGACAAGAUAAUGUUUUUUUUUUCUUUUUUUUUUGAAAAUGCUGAAUUAAUAAAUAAAAAUCGAUUUAUAUUCAUAUAGUGGUAAAAUAUUUCAAAAAAAUAACUUAAUAUUAAAAAAAAAUCUAUUCAGUUCAACAACUCAUGCCAAUACUGUUACUGAUCCGAACCGGAUAUUUUAAAUAACUCCAAUAUUUGAAUAUUGGGUGAAAGUGGAUUUAUUGAACAAAUCAAUGUUGUAAACUCUGCCUGGUGACAAUAAAUGCAAAUGCUCCACCACAGUCCACAAUAUAAAUUAUGUCAAACUAACAAAUGCUCAAUUGUAAUUUUUUUGUCACUAACAAUUUUUCAGUUCAAUAAUAUUUGUGUGAAGAUUUGAUUUCGUCACUACAAAAAACAUGCGGUUAAAAAUAUACUAAACUUACAUCAUCGAUAUACAAAAUCAAUAUCAACGGCAGCAAAUUCUUUAAAUCCGGCGGAGAUUAUAAUAAGAUAUCAUUUUCGAACAAAAAACAAAACAACGAUGUAAUUUGGCAUAUCGCAGCCCAGUGUAACCAUAGUCGACAUAGAGAAGGGGUUGCAUCCAUAAUAAACGGGUAUCACGCUAAUCGCAAUUCAAAAACAUACAACGUACAGUAUACGCAAUUGAGUUCAUCGAGUAUUGAAUAUCAGCGACAACCGUUUGUUGAGUGUAACGCAUUUAACAACAACAAAGGCAUAUUAUUGUUUUAUAUUGCGUAAGGAUUCGCGUGUCCUAGCAUGUGAGGAAGUGUGUGCAUGUGCGUGUGACGGCAAACUCAUAACGUACAAACGUAACUCAUCAUUGUUAUACGCCGUCAAUAUCAAUAUCUCUGUUGUUUUUUUAGUCGUUGUAAUUGAAAUUUUUUUUAAUUUCACGUGGUUAAGUUAAAUUCACAAUUUUCGUUAACCUUCAAUAAGAACUUUCUAACACUUACCAACUACUUGGUUUUGUGGUUAUUUUGCAAAUAUUUGCAAAACCAUUCAUUUCUGCUGCACCAACCCACAUUGCAGUUUGCUGGCUGCUAAAGCUAUAAGAAACGCAAAAUUGCGACCACAGCAAUAGAAAUGCAAAGACGAGAAAAUCGUGAAAGGCAGAGCUCUGGUGGUGGAACACAGGCUGCUGGAACAUCAGGUACCGGUGGUGGUGGUGGCGGCGGAGGUGGUGGAGGCGGCGGAACGCGUAACACAACCAGCUCUGGCAACAUGUAUGCCACCCGCCAAGCUGUAGGCGCCUCCACGGGGGUACUUAUGGUCGGACCAAAUUUUCGUGUUGGUAAAAAAAUUGGCUGUGGUAAUUUCGGAGAACUGCGUUUAGGACGACGGAUGUGCUUUUUUGGUGGCAGCGGUGGCAGUGGCAAUGGCAACGCCAGUUCAGAUGCAGAAGGCAAAAAUCUGUACAACAAUGAACACGUAGCAAUAAAAAUGGAGCCUAUGAAGUCAAAGGCUCCGCAACUACAUUUAGAGUAUAGGUUUUAUAAACUAUUAGGAUCACAUGAUAAUUGUCCAGAGGGUAUACCGCGUGUGUAUUAUCUGGGCACAUGUGGUGGCCGUUAUAAUGCCAUGGUAUUAGAGUUAUUGGGACUGUCCUUAGAAGAUCUCUUCAAUAUUUGUUCCCGUAAAUUUUCUCUUAAGACUGUACUGAUGAUAUCUAAGCAACUUCUCCACCGAAUCGAAUAUGUUCAUAGUCGGCACUUAAUAUAUAGGGAUGUGAAACCGGAGAAUUUUCUCAUAGGCAGAACAUCAACGAGACGGGAAAAAAUUAUACACAUAAUUGAUUUCGGUUUGGCCAAAGAAUACAUUGAUUUAGAUACAAAUAGGCAUAUACCAUAUCGGGAGCAUAAAUCUCUCACCGGCACCGCACGUUAUAUGUCAAUAAAUACACAUAUGGGCAGAGAGCAAUCAAGACGCGAUGAUUUAGAAGCAUUAGGACACAUGUUUAUGUAUUUCUUAAGAGGUUCACUGCCGUGGCAAGGCCUUAAGGCUGAUACACUUAAAGAACGAUAUCAAAAAAUUGGUGAUACAAAACGUGCAACACCCAUUGAGGUGCUUUGCGAUGGACAUCCCGAAGAAUUUGCAACAUAUUUACGUUAUGUGCGGCGAUUAGAUUUUUUUGAAACGCCCGAUUAUGAGUUUCUGCGAAGACUGUUUCAAGACUUAUUCGAUCGUAAAGGCUAUGUGGAUGAUGGAGAAUUUGACUGGACAGGGAAGACAAUGACCAAGGAACAACUUGAACAAAUGAAGGUUAUCAAGAAUGCGCCACCUUCACAUUUAGCCAAAAAUAAAUCAGACAAGUCAACGCCCGUCGGAUCUCUGCAAACCGGCCAUGAAGUCAUCAUUUCACCAAAUAAAGAUCGUCAUAAUGUAACGGCUAAGGAUAUUUCAUAUUUUGAUUAUGACGAAGACGAGGAUGAUGGUGAUGAGGAAUAUUUGAUACUCGAGACAAAUGCCAAAGGAGGCGUUGCUGCGUGGCCGGAUGUGCCAAAACCAGGCGCCACACUCGGCAAUCUAACACCGGCCGAUCGGCAUGGUUCCGUGCAGGUUGUGAGUUCCACAAAUGGCGAAUUGAAUGCGGAUGAUCCCACAGCUGGCCACUCAAAUACUCCUAUAACGCAACAGCCCGAAGUGGAGCUUGUCGAUGAAACGAAUUCAUUCCUGUGUUGUCUUUGCAGAUGUUGUUGUUUCUUUAAACGAAAGAAGAAGAAAUCAUCACGUCAAAAAUGACUAGACGGUGUCCAAUGUAGUCCAGAACGCGAAGCGGUAACACUGCUACGCGCCACUUCACAUUCAAAUUCACGGGAUAGCGUAUUGAAUAAUCCAAGUCAGGAUUAUAUACAACAGGCAACGUCACAGCAUACGUUGCGUUAUCCUCCAUCCGCGUCGAUGUUGACGCCAACACCAACUACAAACACACCGACACUUCCGUUGUAAUUUAUUAUAUACAUACACGCAUACAUGCAUACAUACAUACAAACAUAACGCAGCAUAACAUACAUACUACAUUUACCAUUUAUUUAGUUUAAAUGAAAAGAAAAUGCAAAAAAAUUUGAAAAAAAAAAACAAUAUAAAAAUCUGCAGAAAAUUACAAAAAUAUAGUAAAACGAUUAUGAAAAACGGUUGUAAGAUCUACAAAAAAAAAAAUAUGUAUGCAUUUUCAAAAACACACACAUUUCAUUUAAAGCGUUAACGAAGCAGCGUAAAUUGUAAAAAAAAAUAUAUAUAUAUAAAACAACAACAAAUUGGCUGACAGUCGGCAGAAGAAAUAAGGAAUUAAGCAAAUUAUGUCAGCAAUAUACCCCGCACACACAGUUAGUUUGGGCGACCAUGCGCUGUUCAAAAAAAUACAAUAAAAAUGUAAAUUUCAUUUGUAAAAAUUGAAAAGUGUUCGCAAAAAACGGGUAUGUACUCGUUUUUGAAAAAAAAAUUAAAAUUUCGUUUAUAACGAAAAACGGAGGUGGUUGAGGCUAAAACUGGCCCAUUGAUUACAUAGUUGUAUGCAUGCUCCAACACAGUGACAAGUGCAACAGCUAAUCUUUGCUUUGAAAUAUCGUUGCCUAAAAGCGGCCAUGUUGUAUAAGUAGCAUACUUUUAGGCGCACUAGCUGGAAAAUUUGAUUUCAUGUGCAGAAACAAUAAUUUUGCGCAAAUAAUCUAUUUUUUUUUUAAUUUUUGGAAAAUUUAUUGCAAGCAAAUAAGUAGCUGUACAAUAUCGGCCUGAAAUAAUUGCUGCUAUAAAGUAGUAUUUAUCUAAAAUAUGAAAGCUUUAUCAAAUUUGGCAUGCCACUCGCGUAAUAGCCAUCUUUAACGCUACAUAUAUGUAAACUUCUGCACGAAACAGCAAUUUUUCAUGCGUCUAAUAAAGCGCACGCCCAACAGCAGGUGCACAACCAUCAACGCCAUUCUGAAAAAUUCCAACUUUAACCAACUAAAGGUGCCGUUGUGCUUUCCCUACCCACGGUCAACCCUGGUAAAAAAUCUUUUGCGCAUUACGCCUCAAUUUCCUACUGAAUUCUAAAGCUAUACUCUACAUUUAAUACACAACCACCCACCUUCACGCCCCUAAAGCGUUCAACCUGCCAAUCAACACAACCAAACCAGCACUGUGUAUGCAAUAACAACUAAUUAGCUGCUAUCUAUGGAUUAUGUUUGAAAGCGAAAAGUUACUACUAAAAAUUGAAAAAUGUCAAAUAUUUUGAAAUGUGAGCAGUUGUUCGUUCAGCUCCUCACAGCAGUAAGGCAAAGAUUUUUUGCGUUUGCGCUACCGACAAACAUUGUAUGCAUAAUUUAGUGGAAAAUAUAAAAAAAAUUAAACGAAAAACAACAAACGAAAACUAACGCCAGAAGAAAGAGAAACAAAUUGUAUUUGCAGAUUUUUCUUUAAAUAUCUAUACAUACAUAUAUAUAUUUUUUGUUUAUUUAAUUUAAAGCAAACGUUUCUUACCUAGAUACUAUUACUAUUAAUUAAUUAAUUAAUGUUUAUAAUUAUAUUGAUAACUUAUAAUUAUAAGUGAUUAUAAUUAUUAUAAUAUUUUUAUUUUAAAUAAUAUUUACGUUAUUGUGUUAAUUUAUAAUUGUAUAAUUUAAAUUAUAUCACAAUGAAAGAAGUAAAUUUAAAAACAAAAAUAAUUAAAAAUAUACACACAUCUAUACAUACACAACCAUAUACUACAUUAAAACAAAGAAAGCGAAAUUUUACAAAAAUGUGUCUAAUUUUUCUUUUGAUUUUCUGCAACAAAUAUUGGCUUACAAUACAAACAGCAGCCGAGCACCGAUUUUUGCUAAAACUAAUUUUGCUAUAAAUAAAAAGUCAUAAAAAAAUUGUUGGCGGCGCAACAUAGUUUUUUAAAAAACAGUACGCUUUCAUUAUGCUAUAGAAAAAUUCUAAAAAAACAAAAAAAUAUACGCCGCUAGGUGGGCAACAAUUAUCACAGCUUGACUCCUGAAAAUAUGCACCAUAUUUGGUUACUGCUAUUUAGCUGCAGCCAAUUGCCACUUCCACUAUUUCCUUGAAACCUUGUAAUAGGUGCACUCAAAACAGAAUAGUAUUUUUUUCCAAAACUAAUUUUGUGAUCAUCAUUAGCAGCGGUGUUGCAGAUACUUGUACCCAAAGCUGUCACAGGAGCUACAGAUAUUUAUAUACGAACAAGUACGCUCAUGUUAAAUAGUUUGGGAGCGCAUUUUAAGCUGUUAUAACAAUAAUUGCAACAAAAAUUUUAUUGCGCAACUUGAAUUGUUAGGUUAACAACCACAACAACAACAACCAUUUUUAACAAGCGCUGGAAACAGUUGGCACAUUUUUGUUAUGAUUUUUAAGGUACUAUUUGCUUUGGCUCUUCAUUGUGCUGCGCAGUUGGGUUAUUUAUUUUAUUUUAUGUUUUUUUUUUUUUGAAUCAUGACUGUGUUAAAUUUUAUUAUUGAUUCAUUUUUUCCAAAAUACAAUUAUGGCUGUGCGAUUUAGCGUUUAAAAAAUUGCUGCUAACCGAUUUUUUUUUUGUUUGCUGUGCGUUGAGAAAAUUGUGGUUCAGUCAUUAAUUUUUGUUAACCUCAAUUUUUCGAAAAAAUUUACCCUGUAAACUGAUGAAUGAAAAUAAACAUGAACAUAGAAAAAAUUAAAUAUUUUCCAAAAAUAUUAUUUAUAACGCAUUAACAUAUAGAAAUAGAAAUUAAAUAAAUUUAAUUGAGCAAAUUCUGCAUUUUGUGAAAAUCGUAAAAAAAAAUAAUUUUUUCAUUUUUUUUAUUUUUUGUUAAGGGAAUGAAAAUUUAAAUGUAUAGUAUUUUUAGUAUCCAAAAAAUUAUUCGCCUAAAAUAUUAUUUGUAUUAAUAGUACGAGUAAAACGCUGAUUAUGCUAUAAAUUACUAAUUUUUUUUAAGUAAAACAAUUGUAUUUCAUAAAUUGUAAAUUUAGACCAAAUUUUGAAAAUUUAUUUUUAAAUUACACAUACCUAGUUUCUUAGUAAACGGCUUAAUUAUUCAAAUUAUGUGGAUUUCGAACUUAACUAGACCAAAUAUUAAAAAAAAAUCACAUAAAACAAAAUUAUUGCAACUAAAAUGACUUAAAUUGUAAAUUAGGCUAAGUUCUACUGCUCAUUACUCAUUUAAAAGCAUUUGUGAAAAAAUCUAAAAUAUGUCUCGUAGGUGAAGAGUUAAAGGUUGAAAUCCAAAAAUGCCGAUAUUACAAAAAUGCUGCAGUUUUUUGUUGGCUUUUAGAAUGAGAUAAUUAUAAAUAACUUAUAAACGUAUUUAAAAUUUUUUUUUUAAAUAGUAAAAUAAUUGGCUGCUAAAUAAAUAAGUUGUAAACAUAAAUUGUAUUAUUUAAUAAAUCAGCAACAAAAUCUUUAAACCGUAUUUUUUAUUAAAAAUUUGUUUAAACACACAUUUUUUCUAGUGCUACAGUUUGGAAAAAAGAUUAUAAAUAGUUUUUACUUAAAAUUUAUUUUGUGAGAACGGCAACUGUUUAAUUUAUAGCAUAAUUAAAAAACAAGAAAAAAUUUAAACUUUUAGUAAUAAAGUUAUUCAGAUUGGAGUGCCUUGCAUUUAUAUUAUAGUUUUUUAGUGCACAUUACACAAAUUAUAAUUUUUUUUUUAUUUUAUCAAAAAUAUAUUCUUUGUUUUUUGAAAUUCGAAAAUUUUUUUUAAAUUCUUAAAAAUAAUAUAUAUAUAUUCAUACAUAUACAUCUCUUUUGGAAUUUUAUUAUUAUUUUUAAUUGUAUUAAAAAAGAUUAAAAAUUUAUUUCUGAAUUAAACUCUGUUAAUAUUUUUAGGUUUUUGAAAAAUUUUUCAUUUGAUAAAAUUGAAAUUAUAUUAAAAAAAAUUUUUUUUUAUUAAAAAAAUUAGUAAACGAAUAAAAAAGAAUAUUAAAAAUUGUAAAACCUAGCAGAGAAUUUUAUUUGAAACAUAUUUUUAAUAAUCUUUGCAAAUUUGAAAUCAAAAUUUCAAGCAAUUUGAUUUAAAUUUUCAUUUCUUUCAACGAUUUCCAGUAAAGUUGCAAAAAAUAUUCUAAUAAAAUGUUUUUAGAAUUUUAGUUUUUGGUAUUUUUUUUAUUUACAAAAAAAAAAAAAGUUUUGAAAUGCUUUACGUAUUUUCUUUCCAGAAAAGUAUCUAAAAAUACAAUGUUUAUGAAGUUCCAAUUUUUGAUGUCUUGCUAAUUCUGUGUUUUGAUUAUUUACAACAAAACUUUGUUUUGACAAAAAAAGGUUCAAAAUAUAUUCCAAAUAAAUGUUUUUAAAAUUGCGGUUUUUAAUAAAAUUAGUUUUGAAAUGCUUUACAAAUUUGUUUUCCGAAAAAUUUUCAAAAACUAUGCCAACAAAGAUUUUAGACAUUUAUUUAUUCUUUGUUUUUUUUUUAUAUUUUUUUUAUGUACAAUAAAAAUUAGUUUUUUAAUGCUUUAUGAAUUUGCUUUAUUAAUAAAAAUAAAAUAAAAUAUUUUAUUCAAAAGUUCAAAAUUUAUUUUCUAAUAUAUGGUGUUAUACAUAUUCCACAUUAUGCUGAAUCAAUUUUUUUCAUAAUAAAUAAUCCUUUUUUAAUAAUAUAGACAAGUUUUGAUUUAAGUUUUUUAUUUUUAUUUCUAAUUUUGAAAUAAUGUUUUUUUUUUAUAAAAUUUACUAUAAUUUUAUUCAAUUUAAACACGUAAAUUCAAUUUAAAAUUAAAUAUAAUUCUGUAUUUUAGUGAUUUCGUAAUUGUUUUCUGUUUUUGUAAAUUAAAUAAAAAUUCAUAGAUUUAAAAAGAUUUUACAACUGAGCAAAAAACCGGAAAAACAACGUAUAGAAAUAAAUAACUAAAAUGCGUUUUAUUUUAUAUAAUUACGAUGACUAUUAUUUUUUUCUAUAUAUAUUCUUCUUAGUUGCUUUCAAAUUUUUAUUUGUUUAAAUUAAAUAAGAGACAUAAUUGUAUCAACGCCACCAACAGAUGUUUUAUAUUUAUAACACAUUUAUUAAAAAAGAAAAAAUGCAAAUUACACAAAUAAACUCAAUGACAACAAAUACACAGCAAAAACAGAAAACAAAAACACGUACAAGUUGGUGAAUGGGAGAAAUCGAGGAUAAAACGUAUGCAUAGUGAUGAGAUAAAAAGAGAAUUUGAAUGAUGAAAUGGAAAAAAUACACAAAAAUUAAAAAAAAAAAACAAAAAAAAAAAAUUAAUAAAAUAAAAAUAUAUAAAAAAAUAAAUAAAUGAAAAAUAUACUUUAAGUCGGUUGCCUGAUGACAGUUAUAGAAGAUAUCACUCCAACGUUUAAUAUUAAAAAUACAAAUAAAAAAUUACAUUGCAGUUUAGUUAAAAGAAUUUAAAUUUAAAAAGCAACAAAACAAGAUUCUAUAAAAAAACUUAUGACAAAUUUUUAAACUAAGGCAAAACAUACACACCGCUCUUUCUACGCUCUUCUUCACACACUCUUUUGUAUAGUUAAAUGAUAAAAUAGUCUAAACAUUAUAUUAUAUAAAAUUAAUUAAUUAAACAAAAUAUGAAAACAAACAAUUAUGAUAUAAAAAUUACAAAUCGCAAAAAAUCCUGUAAAAUACCAUUUAGUAGUAAUUUAAUGAAAAGAAAACAAAAACAUAAAACUGAUAAGCAAAUAAAGAAAUUAUGUUUACAAUAAAAUUAAAUAAUUUAACAAAUAUGUAUAUGUAUAUAGAAUUAAAAAUAUAUACGUACAUGCAUACAAGCAUACAUCUGUAUAAAUGAUUACACAAACAUAAUUAAUCGAUAGCGAUAGUCGAGAGGAGAAAUCUAAACAAAAUCUAUCGAAAAAAUAAAAAUGAAGUUAAAUAAUACAACUUCAGCGUAAUUCAGAAACAAAAACAAAAAAAUUAAAUAUUGUAUUUAAAUAAAAAAAACGCAAAACAAAUACAAAAAAUCAUGUAUAAGCGAUACAUUUAAAUAUAAAUAUACAUAGUAAUGAAAUAAACUAAAUUAAAUAAAUAAAUAAUAUAUAUAAAUAUAUAUAUAUAUAUAUAUAUAUACGUAUAUAUAUACAAAAUACGCAUAUUUAACUUUAUAUGUAUUAAGUACUUGGAACUCGUAAUUUUAUUUGCAUUGAGCCGAUCAUUGAUUGAUAUGAUCAACAUGCUGGUGAACGUGAUGUUCAUGAUGAUGAUUGUGAGUAUGCUGAUGCUAAUUAAAUUAAGUUAAUUAAGUCGUUAAGCAAAAUACAUAUUCACAUUCAUAAUUAUAUAUGAUUAUAUAUAUAUAUAUUUGGAUCAUCAUAUGUACGUGUAUGUAUGUGUAUUAUGAUAUUGAUGUUAAAUUUAAAAGUGAACAAUUAAAAACAGAAGAAAAUGAAAGAACAAAAAUAAAAUCCACAUCAAUGUCUCACGAGUUAGAAAUUACAUAAAUGAAAACUUAAGCGAAUUAUAGCAUGAAAUGAGAAAAAAACAAAAA